UCUCAGGCUUCAGCCUGCUAGUGCUAAGUAAGAGUAGGCGUCUGUAAAGAUUAAGUAAUGUAAUUAAUUGUUACAUUUGGUUUGUUUAGUUGUGAAAUUAGUGUAACUUGUAAUUAACAAUGAAAGAUUUUUGAAAUAGUUCAUUUUUCUAUCAGUGUGUUUGAUCGCGCACUCAUUUGUCGCAGACAGUGUUGUGUAUUAAAUUUUGACAUUUGUGUGUUCUGCUCAAUUUAAAACUUGUAGGACGGCUCUCUCGCACCCGUGCCCGCUGGUAGUCCCCGUCUUGGCCAGGCAAUGCGACAGGAGGACGCUGACACAUGCCCGUGCUGACACCUCGCUCUCCUCAGCAUGCUCCUGUGCACCAAUAUAUGGUGGUGCCCAGUGUGACUGACCCGGGUCGCAUGCCGUUCCUUAGCCCCAAGAUGUCCUCCAGGCUCACCUCCAUGUUCUACACUGUGGAGGUCGGAGACACCAAGUUUACUAUUCUAAAGCGCUACCAGAACCUUAAACCCAUCGGUUCAGGGGCACAGGGCAUUGUGUGUGCGGCGUACGACACCGUAACACAGCAGAACGUUGCCAUCAAGAAGCUGUCUCGCCCGUUCCAGAACGUCACUCAUGCCAAGCGAGCUUAUAGGGAGUUCAAACUCAUGAAGCUCGUCAACCAUAAAAAUAUUAUAGGUCUACUGAAUGCCUUCACACCUCAGCGGUCGCUGGAGGAGUUUCAAGAUGUGUACCUGGUCAUGGAGCUGAUGGAUGCCAACCUGUGCCAAGUCAUCCAGAUGGAUCUCGACCAUGAGCGGAUGUCGUACUUGCUCUACCAGAUGCUUUGUGGCAUCAAACAUUUACACUCUGCCGGCAUCAUCCAUAGGGAUUUAAAACCGAGUAAUAUAGUCGUGAAGUCAGACUGUACAUUGAAGAUCCUUGACUUUGGACUGGCUCGGACGGCAGGCACUACAUUCAUGAUGACACCUUAUGUUGUCACCCGCUACUACAGAGCGCCUGAGGUUAUACUGGGUAUGGGCUACAAGGAGAAUGUCGACAUCUGGUCAGUUGGCUGCAUCAUGGGAGAGAUGAUCAGAGGUGGUGUUCUCUUCCCUGGCACAGACCACAUCGACCAGUGGAACAAGAUUAUUGAACAACUGGGUACACCGAGUGGGGACUUCAUGAAGAGGCUACAGCCGACAGUACGCAAUUAUGUGGAGAACCGGCCGCGGUACCCGGGGUACGCGUUCGAUCGCUUGUUCCCUGAUGUACUGUUCCCCUCCGACUCCUCAGAACAUAACAAACUUAAAGAUCUUACUGAUUUUGAAAACACCGCCAGUGUUCCCUCUUCCAUCCAAAGUAGUGACACAGAAAAACCAACUUAUGAAAAUGCGAGCCAGGCCAGGGAUCUGCUAUCCCGUAUGCUGGUCAUAGACCCGGAGAAGCGGAUAUCUGUAGACGAGGCUCUACUGCACCCCUACAUCAACGUGUGGUAUGACGAAGGUGAAGUUAAUGCGCCUGCCCCCGGACCAUACGACCACUCUGUGGACGAGAGGGAACACACGGUGGAGCAGUGGAAGGAGCUAAUCUACCAGGAGGUGAUGGAGUAUGAGAUGAGCCACAAUGCCGAAGACGCCGAUGCCGCUGCACGUCGGUAGAGACGGAUCCACCACUAGUGUCUAAAGACGUUAACGUUCAGUUGUACCAUACAAUUCCCUCGACCUUUGUUUUGUUUCAAUUUAAGUAUAACUAUUGCAAGUGUGAUACGUCAGAAAGUUUUCUGAAAACUUCCAUUAUUUUAUUUGACUAAUUUAGUUUGUGAGGUUGUUAUUCAUUAAUUUUAAUUUAAUUUUGUAAAACUUUUUACAUAGAAUAUGUACAGUACAAAAUGUAAGCAAAGCCAAUGUUGUAUAAUUAUCACUGAACCAAAUUGGUUUGCAUCAUUAUAAAUAUAUAUAAAUAUAUAAAUAUCGAAGAUGUUAAUAUCAUUAAGAUUUAAGUUUUGAUUACUUGUUUCUUUUUUUAGUCCAAUUGUACAAGAAAAGGUAGACCUUUUUAUUUAGAAACAUAUAUUUUUUGUGGGUAAUUGACAUACAAGUUUAAUCAGAAAUGUUUUUUUUAUUUCUUGAUUACCUCUUUGUAUUCCCACUUUGAUGUAAUAAUGAUUACGUAACCACCCCUAUACAUAUAUAUGUAAUCAUUCAGUUUUUGUAAUGCAUCAAGUACAUCUUAACCCUUAAAGUGUGGCGUACGGAUUUGUCCAUCAAUCGGAAUUGGGCUAAACGCGGCAUACGCAAAUAUCCGUAUGUCUUAUUUUAGUUUAUUGUGUACAUUAUAAUGUACAAAAAUGCUGUGAAUAUAUAGGACUGAAUAAUGUAUUAAUUUAUGAUCGUCGGGAAGCAAAUUAAGUAGCAUGUUGCAUGAAAAAUCAAUAAAACCAGUGCUAUUCUUUUAUUGACAUUUCAUUUUAUGAUGUGCGAUGUGGUAGUAUGUGAAUAUAAUCGUACAGCAUAACACAUAUAUGAUACAUCUUAAUAUAAAACCGGUGGAGCUUUUUUGAAAAAAAUAUAUUUUUUAUUUCUUCCUUAAAGAAAUAGAAAAUAAAUUUAACUUCAGCAAAAUAUGAACUUUUUCAAUGUCUAAUUGCAUACUAAUUGAACUGAGGCCAAACUUUCCUCUGCGCUUUAAGGGUUAAUAGGCAGUAAAACAGUAUUAUUAAUUUGAUUUAAAUAUUUUAAAACUAAAUUUUAUGACAACUGAAGCUCAAAAAUAAAAAGAAUAUUUAAAAUGUUAGGUGAUGAGUUACGUUUUAUGUGAACUUCAGCAACGUAUUGGGAAGUGAUAAAUAUAUGAAUGACUUAAGUAUAUGAUUGAUAGAUUUUAUUAUAUUUGGGGCUGGUAUAAAGGAGAUAUAACAGUAGAAUCUUAUGUGGUCCUCACCACAUAUUUGAAAGAUAAUUUUUGUAGUUUUCCAAUAUUAAUGGUUUUAUAAUCUUUACCAUAAAUGCUUUGUAUUUACUAUGGCUAAAAUGCAUUACAAAUUUGCAGCAUAAUAAUGUUCUGUAGAUAAUUUAGUGGUGGCUUAAGAAUUGAAUCUUGUAAACAGAUUUUUUUCUAUGGAACAGUGUUUCUAAUUAUUGUAAUAUUUAAGUUUGAAUUUUGGUGUAAUGAUAAGAAAAAUAGCUUAAUCGGUGACAUGUAUUUAAAUCUGUAACAGUUGUAAUAAGGGUAAUUGUUUUGUUAUACAUACCGAAACAUAUAUAAUUAAUAAAUAGGUUAUGUUUGAAUUACUUUUGUUUUUAGAAAAUUACAAAAAACAUAAUUUAUAAUUAUUUUUAAUUUGUGAAUAUUCUAUUUUAUUUAUUAUUUUAUUGUAAGUUAAUAUUAAUCCUAAAAUAUAAGCUCUAAUGCAGAAAAAGUUGUAAAGUGUAUUCAUGAUAAUAGAAAAAAACAGGUACAGUGUUUUUUAUCGUGAAAGAUAUCAAAAGACCUAGAUUAUUAGAUAGCAUAGGAUAUAGUUAUUUACAUUUUAUAGGCAGAUUUUAGUUCCAAACAGUAACAAACAAAUUAUGUGUCCACAUGUUUGACUGCUCACCGUUGCUAUCAAAAGAUUAAAAUAAAUUUAAUAGUUUUGAACAUACAAAUGAUCCCUGAAAUACAAGUAUGCAUGGCAAAAAUUACGUACCAAGUUUUGUUUUAAAAUUAUUGUAUCUUAAAGUAAUAUUUAUUUUAAUUCAUUCGUUGCUAUAUUUAUGUGGAUCUUUUUUUUUACUGUUGAACAUUAAAAUUAGAAGAAUGACACACUGUCUGCAUAAUAGUUUAAAGCAUUAGGUAUUUUUUGUUUACAAAUGUUGGUAGAGUAAUGGCUCAGCUGGCUUGCAGCCUGCCUAGCCAUUGUCACCUUGUAAUCACUCACAGUCAUAGCAUAAGUAUGAUCAGAGAGGACUUGGGGUUAAAUAUUGACAGACCUUAUUUGGGCAAAUAAAAAUUCUGUUUGGUUCAAAUUAAAGCUGUCUGUAUUUUAUUAAUUUUCUUUUUUAAACCCCCUUUCUUAUUUUGUGAUCUCAGUUCAUAACAAUUUAAGUUAUUUAACUAAAGCGAUGCAAACGGUUUGUUGUAACGCAGUCUGAUCAUUUGUUUGGAUCUGUGCCUGAAACGAUCCAGUCCUGCCGGCCACUCCACUCACUGUUAUUUGUUAGUCCUCACUCUUGAUAUUGUUGUAGGUUAAGUCCAGUGUAAGUCGAGUUACAAUCAGGUGUAUGCAGUUGUUAAGUUGCUGUACAAAAACUUGAUGAUAAUAACAUGUACAGUUUUUUAAACUUGUUGCGGGUGGUGUGUUGUGUACGGACAAUUUAUUGUUAAAAAGUCCUUGGAACUAUUGUUUAAUGUAAUUUAUAUAUUUAUAAGGGAAUGUGCAGAGCCACAAACUAAGCAGUGUGGAAAGUCCGAUCCAUUUUGCCAGUAGUGUGUUGUGUGUAAUAGUAAUAAUACUCCUCCCAAUAGCACCUCUUUCUUUUCUGUAAAUAUUUCACUAUCUCUUUUGUGAAUACGUAUGUAUAGUAGGUAGAGGUUAGAUACUGCCGUUACGACACGACGUCACUGUUCCAAAUUAUUUGUGAUAGAAUCCUUUAGGCAGAUUAAAUUUCGUUGUGUCAAAGCGUAGUGGUUUAUAAAGUUAUAUGUUUCUGAGGUUCAUCAAGCAGGUAUAUUGUCUUAUUAUUGUAACCACGUCUAUCAUUACUCAACCAAACAAUAAAAUAUGAUUCUUAAAA